UGGCAGAGCAAGGUUUUUGACAUUCGAACGAUUCACACAUUUUAUUGAAGUUAUUGUUUAUAUUGCUAUUGGGAUCGGCGACAAGUUCAAUUCCAAGAUGAUGACGACUAUGGCGAAUACGCAGGAGGUAUUAGAAAAUGCCGCAAGGCAGGUUGAUAUUCACCUACAACAAGACAAGGCUUAUCCAGAGUUCUCUGAACUACUCAAAGUUGUACAUCAUGGGCAUGCCUCGACCAGUGGUACCAGUGAGUUGGAUUACCCAGCACUCACUUCACCAGCAAUAGGUCUUGGGCAGCUGCCAUUGAUCAGUCAAGUUAAAAAAGUUCCAUUGCCUAAUGAACUUGUGGAACAGUUUGGUCAUAUGCAGUGUAACUGUAUGAUGGGUAUAUUUUCUGAUAUCAGACGUGCAUGGUUAACUAUUGAUAGUGAUAUAUUUGUCUGGAGUUAUGAGGAUGGAAGCGACUUGGCCUACUUUGAUGGAUUAAACGAGACUGUCCUUAGCGUUGGCUUAGUCAAACCUAAACCUGGGAUAUUUCAAAGCCAUAUUAGAUAUUUAUUAUGUUUAACAACGCCAGUGGAUAUAGUUUUACUUGGUGUCAGUUUCAGCAAACCACAACAUGGUACAAUGGAUGAGUACAGUCUUGGUGAAAUGCAUCUAUUACCAGAACCACUGUUUUCAAUACCAACUGAUAACGUCUUCAUGUUGGAGGUUGUUGGUACUGAGAAAGGAAGAAUAUUUAUGGCGGGCAAAGAUGGCUGCCUUUAUGAACUAUUGUACCAGGCUGAAGAUGGUUGGUUCAGCCGAAAAUGUAGAAAAAUAAAUCAUUCAACGAGUAAAUUGUCAUUUCUUGUGCCAUCAUUUCUCAAUUUUACUUUUUCUGAAGACGAUCCAGUAGUGCAGAUAUCUGUUGAUAAUACACGUAAUAUACUAUACACUAGAUCAGAGAAAGGAACAAUACAAGUGUAUGAUUUAGGUACUGAUGGUAUGGGUAUGGGUAGAGUAGCGGCAGUCACACAGAGUACAACUGUACAUAAUGCAGCACUUACUGCUAGAACAAUAGAGAGAUCUAAUUUUAAACCUAUUGUACAUAUAUCAGCCAUACCAACCACAGAGUCUUACAAUGUACAUCUUGUAGCAGUGACACAGUCUGGUGUACGUUUAUAUUUUUCGACUGCUCCUUUUAAUAACUUGCAUGCUCGGCCGUCAAUGCUGGCGUUAGUACAUGUUAGACUUCCGCCUGGAUUCACAGCAACAGCAGCACCACAAAGACCAUCUAAUGUACACAAAGCCUACUACAAGCAAGGUACCCUAUUACUGUGUUGUGGACAGAGUGAAGACAUGGACUCAGUCUGGUGCAUAAACCCAGAUUCAUUUCCAUUUCAAAGACCUCUCAUGGAAACACAG